AUGACGCUAGAUCCCUUGUCGCCCGUCGCCCCUGCGCGAGUGCGGGCCCUCUUAUUGCCUAUAGGGCGUAUAUCGCGGUCACGGUUUGCAAGCUUCGUUGAACGUCUUGCACCUCAUAAUGUAGUCCGACUUGGGGAUGUUAGUCCGGAUAACCGGCCAAAUAGGACCAUGUUCUCGCCUUUAGCCUUUCCAACUGGCUCGGUCCUCUACGAAAUUACUACUUCCAUAUCCCCGCCGUCAUACAGUGCACUAUCGCCUUUUGAGUUAUUCCGGGAAUCUUUGAUGAUCAUCACGAUUGCCGACAACCGGGAAAUCAAUUAUAGCGGAAAUGAUGGGCAAAUGGAAAAUGGACCGGGACUGUCAACAAUCCUGGAAGAGCUGGAGGAAAUUCGAGCAAAAUAUCCCAAGGCCCUUGUCCAUCAGGCACUCCUCUUUGAUUAUUCGGCUCCUCACGAUGGCGCUUCUUUGCCGGAAGGAAUACUUCCUGUUCCUCCUCCUGAGCUUUCGCGGACCACAACAAUGAAAACCGUCAUGUGCGAUCUUACGUCUCUGCUCUUGGGUGAAAUGACUACAUUCGCCAAAGCCUUGCAAGAUUUGCCAACGCUGGAAUCCCCGGGUGACUCCCAAGCACUAUGGAGCUCCACCGGGCUAUCACGGCCCAGCUCUCAAAUGUCAGAGAGCUCACGACCGGUUUCUCCGAGCGGUUCUACAGAUCGAAAUGCCUACCGCAUGUCGAUGCCAGCGAGCAUUUCAACUUCUUCGGAACCCAGUGGUACGAGUGAAGGCCGUCCUCCAUUGAAUCCAUCAAACUCCGCUCCCGCUCAGCCUCCCACCACUUUUGAUGAGAUUGCUGCUUCAGGUUUGCAACGCUCGAAUUCAAUCAUGAAUACGGUAAGCCGUUCCAGUGCCGGAACGGAAAUGCGCGAACAUAGUCGGGAUCGGAUAUCUCUGCAGAAGUUUGGUACGAGUAAUAUGACUGAAAGGGCAAAAAACAAAGGCAGAGCGCGGAUUGGCCUUGUUAUAGGAACAUUGUAUCUCCACGCCGGUCGUUGGGGCGAUGCUGUUCGAGAGCUUGUGGAGAACGCUUCAAUAGCGAAGGCAAACAGUGAUCAUUUAUGGCAUGCCAAGGGCUUGGAGAACAUCUUAGUGUGCCUACUUUUGUUCGCAUGGGUAGGCAUGGAUUUUCAGAUUCCGCAAAUAUGCUAUCCCAUAGCCGACAAGUCCUCGGCAAAAUCUCCACAUCAUACGCCUUCGGGAAGCUCGACAGACUUGAACUCGGGGCGGAGAGGCCACGUGCCUAAUCGUCUUGUCUCUCUACAAAAUCUGACAGCUCUGCUCCCUGACCUCCUGAAUAAUACGAUCAAUCUUUACAAUCGCGCCGCCAAUUUUUCCGGGGAGGCGCUUCCUCAAACUGCUUUUUCAGAGGCGGUUAUUCGAUACUCGAAACUACUCACAGCAGUGCACCUUUCCAACGGCCACUUAGAUGACGAGACCCUGCAGCAUCUAAUCACAAAUGCACCGCUGUGUGACCCUCGCAGCAUUACGAUCCCGAGAUCGGUCAUCAGUCCCACACGAACAGAGAUCGUGACUCUUCUUUUCCGAGCUAUGCCCCCUCCAUCGGCAAAGGGGAAUCUCUCUGUCGUAGAUCAUGCGUUAAUUCUGUCCGGCAUUGCCUCUGUACUUGGAUCAUUGGGCUUGAGUAGGAAAAAGUCUCUUGUUGUCAAAGAAAUGCUGCUGCUGCUCGUUCCAGCAUUGGUGCAGGCCAGAAAGCUUGGUGCAGCUGAGGCAGGCGUCCACCCUGCAGCGGGUCUUGCUGCCUUGAGUGCUUUAAACACUGACUCGGACAGCCUAGCUGCCCUUGAUUUUGGAGUUGACACCGCUGUCGGAAUUCGGGAAUUUCUCGCUGUCCUUGGUCAUAUAUACGGAGUUGUUUCACCAAUCGGUACCUCAGAAGACCGUAAGAGCUCUUUGCCAGGUGGCUCCGAGAAUGUGAACCGAAACAGCCUAUCCGGAUCUAAGAACGACUCCAACGAAGAAAUUAUAGAGAGGAUAAUGCAGGACAAUACUAGACGCAUGUUUGGCAGCCACCCGCUAAAGAUGAAUAUUCUCCGGACAUGCAUCAAUCUGUGUGAGGCCUUGCCUGACUUUCAAGGGGUUCUUCAAUUCACAACUGAUCUUCUUCGGACCGCCGCGAGCGGCAUUGCCGUCAGUCCGAAUGACGAGGAUUGGUACCCGGUCUUGAUUAGGGAAGACCAGUUGCGAUUGGCAGCGAACAUUUCGCGCACCAUUGGUGCAGCGCGAAAGUUGGGACUGCAUGGUGUCGCCGCCGAGUAUUGGGACGAAUUCCUUGUUCGGGGUGUAAAGUUGGAAGACCCUCCGUUAUGGAAAAGAGCAAUACCUCACGCCAAUAGCGAGCUAAAGGGCUUGGAGGAACAUCAAAAUGAAAAGAGCCCAUUUAUUUACAAUCCAUUUUCCAAAAAGGCCUCUUCGGCGCAAUCAGAUCGAUUUUUGGUUGCGGGAGAGCCAUCUCAAUUUACAAUUACCCUUCAGAACCCCAACGCCUUCGACCUCGAGAUAGAGCACAUGGAGAUAGAGAGCGAAGGAGUUGAGCUAGAUGCAGCUGUACACGGUCUUAUUUUGGGCGCUUACACUACAGAGGACGUGCCAAUUACCGCAAUUCCGAGGGCAUGCGGGCAGAUGAAGGUUUCUGGCUGUGUAGUGAAGAUAAAGGGAUGCCGACGGAGAAGAUUUCCAAUCUUUCGGGAGACGUGGAGACCAGAGCAUGAUUUCAAGGUGAAGAGCAUUGGUCUCGCCGCUUCCCGGCAUAGGGUCCCUCGUCCCAUGUCUACGGUUUCGGUCGGGUCAAAAAUGAGACCCCCUCCUCCACCUCCUGGUCCGAAAAUCGACACCCUCGACCUAAACGUCAUCAAGUCGCAACCGGUCCUUGUCAUCAGCGGGACCUCAUUGCCGCAGUCAUCUAUUAUGUUGUUGGAAGGUGAAGUCAAGACAUUCACGGUAACGGUCGAAAACAUCUCUCCGACUACGCCAGUUGACUUUCUCCUUAUAACAUUUCAUGACUCCACUGAAUCCUCGCUGAAGGCGGCCAUCAGCAAUAAGCAUACGGCUGCAUCGGAACUAUUUGAAUUGGAACGAAUGUACACUCAUCAACGGUCAUUCCGAUGGCGUCGAAAGUCGGACGAGGCUAUAUCCAUCGAGCCUAAGCAAAAGGCAACAUUUGAGAUUGAGGUCUUGGGCAAUCCGUCCUUGACGAGUGGGUUGGUGCAAGUUGACUACGCCUACCUGGGGGCUCCUCGCGCCGAGAUAAAGGACAAAUUCUAUACAAGGCAGGUCACGGUCCCUGUCACCGUGACGGUGAAUGCAAGCAUCAAUCUCCUUCGCGUGGAUCUUCUGCCACUGUCGCAAGAUAUUGCUUGGGCAAAGGCGCAUUCUCAACCUAUGGUCAACGGCAGCUCCACACAAGAUGAGCAUUAUAUUGCAGAUACUACCGUGCCAUCUGCGACUUCAAUCACCGAUACCUGCUUCAAGUCCCUCCUCAACGGAACAAAUAGCCCGUCCAAAUCCAAGGAGCAUUGUUUGCUCCAACUAGAUUUACAAAAUGCCUGGCCUCGUCCCCUCGCCGUCACUCUCAAUGUUCUCGAGCCAAACACCGUCUCUGGGCCUGAGGCUGACGGGCUAACAUCUCCACCAUCUUCUCCUCCGCAACUACAGCAAGAUGACGAACACUACUCCGUACAAGAAACCAUUCAGCCGGGGCAUAUAUCUCGCAUUCUACUCCUCAUACCCCGCAUCUUCGUGCAAAACCCAUACAAGCCAAUUCCGGCCUUCAACCCGGCCACACGCCGCCAGUUCAUUGUCAGCAGCAGCACGAUUAGCCCCGACGUGGAACGCACACACCGCGCGGCCUUUUGGUAUCGCGAGGAAAUCCUCAAACGCAUCCAAGGCACAUGGCAUGACGACGCCUGCAACCAGCAGGGCGAAGUCGACCUGCGCACGCUUCGCCUAUCUCCACGAAUGAUUGAAGCCGUACGCGUAGAGGAGCUGGGCAUUGAAAUGUCUAUAUCAGGAACAGGUUCCUCCCAGACAUUAUCAUCAUCACCACCACCAAACGACCUCCAAUCCACACAUAACCAUACCUCCUCCCCUUCUUCCUCCCCAACGUCUCCCUCCUCCUCAUCAACGCCUGCUGCCGGCCCCACAGUCCAUCAAACAGGUCACGCAACCUUCCUCGCCCCCGCCGAAACCUUUCUCAUUCUCACCACCCGCCUGCACAACCGCACCGACUUGCCCAUCCUCCCUCUCCUCCGUCUGCAGCCCAGUCUCGCCAACCAGCCUCUUCCCGUCGCACUCGACCUCUCCAAACGCUUCGCCUGGACGGGUCUUCUUCAGCGGCCCCUCCCUCUCUUGCAGCCCGGCGCUACGACCGAAGUUAUCACCCACAUAUGUGCCCUUUGCAAGGGCACUUUCGAAAUCGGCGCAACGGUUGAAGAGAUUCGUCCCGCAGCCGCAUCAGCCCCGCCGCCAACGCAGGCUGAUCUCCUUGAAGACCCGCUCGUCGCGUAUGCCGGGAAAGAGAGACGCGUGUGGCAUGCGCGCGAGUCGUGCGUUUUAGUCGCGAGGGAUUCUGCGAGGGAUGCUUUGUCGGCUUAA